CAUUCAUGGGUUUAGGAAAUAGAGGAAGUGGUGUUGUGUUGGGUGUUUGCAUUUUUGCAUUUCAUACAAUUUUUUUUUUUGUUUCAAUGUUGGUUUCUGUUGCAAAUGAAGUUCAAGGGUUUUUAUUAUUCAACUAACUAUGUUGUUUCCUGAUCUGUUGAGCUUUUCUUUUUUAUUACCUUCCAAGUUGGGUAUAUAGGUCACUGAGGGUUUGAGGAUUACUAUAUCUGCUAAUAAGUACCAUUUAGCUCAAUGACAUUGUUCCAGUAACUUUUCAUCAGUUUUACACAAUUAAGUGGUCAAAGCUUUCUCUGUAAUAGCUCAAAGAUUUUACACAAGCUUUCUCUUGUUGUUAAUGAUGCCUGAGGCUUUAGCCAGUUAUCAUUGGCUUUCUGCAUGUUCAAUUUCUAUGUUGAUUUAGUUUGUGGUGGUGGUGGUCGUGCUUUUAGCUUCCCAAAGGGAAGUAGGAUAGGUUGCUUGAUUCUUUCAUAGUUUCAUUUGAAAUACUUCUUCUGGGGUCUUGUUAACUGGAAGUUUUUAUUUGAUGAUAUGUGAUAUUGGGACAUGGAGAGGGGUUCAGAGCUGAAGGUACUUCCUCGAACAAUGCCUAUCCUGCUUGAGGUAUCGUCACAUACAGCUGCAGCAAGAGAGGCAGAUCAGAGACUAAAUGGGUAUGAGGUUUCCGGUGCUGGGGAGGUUUCAGCAAGAGAACUGAAUCAGUUUUCAAGAUCAAGGGAUGUACCUGUCUCGCGUCUGGCUUCCAUUAGAGAAGUGGCUCAGUUAUCACAUCCUCGGGUCGAUUUGGUAAGAGAAGAUAUGGGAUUCGGUUCUAGAUCAUCACAAGAAUCUCUCUCCUUUGAGCCUAUCAUAACAUGGAAGGGAAAGGCCUUUUUAUCUGAAUCAGAAGAUCUGAUAUCUGAUGUUGACACAUUGAAGGAAAGCCGUGAUUCAUUUGAAGAUGGUGCUCCGGGUUUAUUUGCCGGUGCUAGUCAUCCCCCAGAACCUGUUGAUACAGAUCUUAUGCGAACAGUUUAUGUGCCAAUAGGUCAAAACAAAUCUGAGGCUGGAUGCUUAAUUAAGAACUUGUCCAUGAAGGGUCCUUUCAUCGAAGAUCUAUCUAUUCGUGUUCCAGCCAAGAAACCAAAUCCAAUUAUCCUCUCCCCUCAAGAAAGCCUGGUUGACGAACUCAAUGACAUAGGGAACUUGUCCUCACCGUUUUCGGGUCCUCGAGUAUCGCAGAAUACUGAGAACUCUUUCCUCCCUCCAGACUCUGAGGAAAAAGAAUGUGUGUGGGAUGCUUCUUUGCCUCCUAGCGGCAAUGUCAGUCCACUUAGUAGUAUUGAUGGUGUUUUCAGAGCAAUGAGCAUUGCUAAUAGUUGUGCUAGUACAUAUCAGAGUGAUGCAAUCACUAGUGAUGGCAUGCUUAGUUUAGACAGGAACUUUGAUUGUAUUAAGGGGAGUGUAAAGGGGGAUUCACUAGAGAGUACAAAAAGUAGUGCUAGUCGUGCAAGUGAUAGCAGUGGCCUCAGUGAUGACAGUAACUGGAGCAAUAUUACUGGAAGUGCCAAUAAGCCUCACAAGGGAAAUGAUCCCAGGUGGAAGGCUAUCCUUGCCAUUCGAUUGCGGGAUGGAAUUUUGGGCAUGAGUCAUUUUAGAUUACUGAAGCGACUUGGAUGUGGUGAUAUCGGAAGUGUAUAUCUCUCAGAACUUAGUGGAACUCGGUGUUAUUUUGCAAUGAAAGUCAUGGAUAAAGCAUCCUUAGCAAGCAGAAAAAAGCUGGGCAGAGCACAGACUGAGAGGGAGAUAUUGCAGUUGCUGGACCAUCCCUUUCUUCCAACUUUGUAUACACAUUUUGAGACUGACAGAUUCACCUGCUUAGUAAUGGAAUAUUGUCCUGGUGGUGAUCUACACACUUUAAGGCAGCGGCAACCUGGGAAACAUUUCUCUGAAUAUGCUGCUCGCUUUUAUGCUGCUGAGGUCCUGCUUGCUCUUGAAUAUCUUCACAUGCUUGGAGUUGUGUACAGAGACCUUAAACCUGAAAAUGUAUUGGUACGAGAUGAUGGUCACAUAAUGCUCUCAGAUUUUGAUCUUUCCCUUAGAUGCACCGUAUCACCAACUCUUAUUAGAACUUCCUAUAAUGGUGACCCUUCAAAGCAGGCUGGGGGUGCAUUCUGUGUUCAACCUGCUUGUAUUGAGCCAACUUCAGUAUGCAUCCAACCGGCAUGUUUUAUUCCUCGGUUCUUCCCUCAGAAAAACAAGAAGUCACGGAAGCCGAGAGCUGAACCCGGGUUUCCUUGCAGCACGCUUCCAGAGCUGGUUGCUGAGCCUACUGCAGCGCGAUCCAUGUCCUUUGUCGGUACACACGAAUACCUUGCCCCUGAGAUUAUCAAAGGGGAAGGUCAUGGCAGUGCAGUUGAUUGGUGGACAUUUGGAAUUUUCUUGCAUGAGUUAUUGUAUGGUAAAACCCCUUUCAAAGGGUCUGGAAACCGUGCAACACUUUUCAAUGUAGUAGGCCAGCAGCUCAAGUUUCCUGAAUCACCAGCCACCAGUUAUGCCGGCCGGGAUCUGAUUCGCGGGUUGCUGGUGAAGGAGCCGCAGCAUCGUCUUGGGGUUAAGAGGGGAGCUACCGAGAUCAAACAGCACCCGUUCUUUGAAGGUGUGAACUGGGCAUUGAUCAGAUGCAGCACGCCACCGGAAGUGCCGAGACCAGUAGAAAAUGAGCCGCCGCCACCAGGGAAAGUUGGAUCAGUUGAUAAUACUGUUGGGAUUGGCAGCACUAGUAAGAGGGUAGUAGGUGGUACUACUGAGAUGAAGCCAGGAGGGGGUAAAUAUCUGGACUUUGAGUUCUUUUAGAUUGAAUUCCUCAAUCUGUUUUUUAUUGUAUUUUCCAAUAUCAGCUAUUUUCAUGUCAGUUAGAAUUUAGAAAUAUGAAAUGUCAAGUUUAAAUUAGGUUGGAUAUCUCCUUGUCUGUUCCUAUAAUACCUAUGGAUAAUCCAUAAUGUAGUAGAUUUUCUAUACAGAGUUUGAAUACUUCUCAUGAAAAUUAUUAGUCUUCAUA